CACCGUGAAGGGACUGCACUAGGUCCUACCCGAUACGGGGGAUAUAUCCCACAAUGCCCGGCGGCGAGGGGUCAAAUUCCCCAAUGAAUUUUAAUGAUGUUCCCACGUCUAUUACUAAAUCUGUUAUCAGUGAUGAUGAGUGCGGGAGGUGUGAUGACAGUGAGGGUGAUACCGCGAUCCUUGGUGAUGGUGUUAGGAGGAGAAAGGUCAUAAGGGCGGCUAAGGAAACAUUCGAUAAGGCAUCAAGACUUUUAAGACGCAAAAUACCAUGCACCGGUCAUCUGAUGACCCCCCGCCGCCUCUGGAUCCAAAAGGUUCCGACUCAAGAGUGCGACGUUGUUGUGAUGUUUCCAAGUGGUGUGAAUGAUGAAACAUUAAUGUGGCUUCUUGGAAGACUACGAGCAGGUUCACCAGGACUUGUAGUUCACGUUCGUCAACAUGCGUCUUCGGAUAGUUACGGAUUCUACCUCACAGCACCUUUUCCAAUACUCCUCAAAGCGGCAGAAGAGAUGCACCUGCCAAAAGGUCUUCGUCAAGAGUACGGUGGUGGUCUCAAGGAAUUCGUUUGCUCUGAAACCAGUUGCUUCGAGGGAAGUGAAGACGAGACACAGUUCUUCACAACCCAAGAGAGACAAUCCCUUGUUCUUCAUCUCCUCCACACACUAAGAGCAGGUCAGCAGGACCUGAAAAGUCUUCCUGGUAUCAAGCUAGUGGAAGGACAGGCCAUUAUCCCCAAGUGCAUUUCAGCUGGUGUCAUCUCCCAGGUGUUUCCUCUUCAUGAACUACCAGCACUCGAGAAACUUCAGAAGAGCUGGGUACGAGCAUUCUUCAGCCCUCAACCCCUUGACGACAUUUGCAAUUACUUUGGAGUUAAAAUAACAAUGUACUUCGCCUGGUUGGGACAUUACACCACCGCCCUUGUCGUUCCUGCUGCAGUGGGUGUCAUAUUCUGGGUCGGCAUCAUCGGAAGGAACCAGGCGGUGGAAGACGUUGCGUACGUGUUGUUCUCCAUUCUGAAUGUCAUAUGGGCAACAGCAUACCUCGAAACUUGGAAGCGAAAGGGGGCAGAGCUGGCCUACAAGUGGGGAACACUAGAUCAAAGGGAUGAUCUCCUAGUGGAGCCUAGACCACUAUUCGUGGGAACUCUUCAAGUUUCACCUGUAACUGGAAGACUCGAGCCAACGUAUCCGAAUUGGAAAAGAAAUGCAAUUCGUUAUUGCAUAACUGUUCCAGUCAUCGCAGUCUCUCUCUUCUUCGUCUUCAUCGUUAUGAUUCUCAGUUUUCAGAUACAGGACUGGUGGGACGCAAGAUUGGAAGCAGCAGGAUAUGGUUUUUGGUUGAGUUAUGUACCAAAAGUUUUAUUAGCAGUGGUGAUUGCAGUGAUGGAUGAGGCGUACUUCAAAAUAGCUGUUUGGUUGAAUGAUUUGGAAAACUAUCGUCUUGACACCGAGUACGAGAAUCAUCUGAUCUACAAGGUGGCACUGUUUCAGUUCGUCAACUCAUUUUUAUCGCUCUUCUACAUCGCAUUCUACCUUCAAGAUCAAGAACGAUUGAAAGAGCAAUUGGCAGCAUUAUUGAUCGCUCGUCAAGUGAUAAGUAAUCUGAAGGAAUCAGCAAUUCCUUACUUGAUAGAGCAGUUGCGUCUUGCUCGUAUGAGUUUUGAGCUUUUUGGUGCUUUAAGUCCCAGCGAAGCUCGAGCACCUCCAGGAAAAGGUGAACAUCCAGAGACCGAAGUGCCAAGUGAUGAAAAGGAAGAGAGAGACUCCAAAGAGGGACAAAAAGGAAAACAACAGAGGACGAUUAGUCAGGCAGAGCUUGAAAGUUCUCUCUACAGAGUAGGACAUCCUGCUAAUUCUCUUCUUAGUGACGUUACCUUCAAGAUACACUUUAGCAAAAAGUAUGAUGGAGCAUUCUCUGAGCACUUGGAGAUGCUGUCACAGCUGGGAUAUGUCUGUCUGUUCUCGUCUGCAUUUCCCCUUGCUGCGAUGGCUGCUCUUCUGGGAAAUCUUCUUGAACUUCGAGGAGAUGCUUUCAAGUUGUGCUUCGUCCUCCAGCGACCGUUUGGCAGACGAGUUUCUAGUAUCGGCACUUGGCAGAAUGCAAUGGAGGCAAUGGGACUGGUGGCGAUUCUCGUGAAUUGUGCUCUGAUAGGUCUCAGCGGUCAAGUCCAGCGAAUGUUCCCAGAGAUGUCAGUGCCCCAGACAAUCCUCUUAAUCGUCGCCCUGGAGCACAUAAUGAUGGCCAUACGCUUCAUAAUCACUAUCAUAAUCCCCGACAUUCCUUCGUGGGUGGCAACAGAAAUGGCUAAAGUUGAAUUUCUCCGGAGAGAGGCAGUGAGACGACUGUCCUCAACACCAUCACCAGAGCAGCAGAUGCAGACGGUCAUAGGGAGGUUCGUGGUGAGUACAGCAGACGGUGAAAGCGACGAGGGGAUAUCAGUCUUGGAGAAGACCAGCACGGGAACUGACACCCAAGAGACUCUAGCUUCAUCAACUGGUCAUACUCCAAGCAGUCCACCAACCCCAGCAGCAUAUGGACAGGUUCCAAGAAUCGCAGAAACCCCACCGCAGCUGGAGACACCAGGAAGUGUCGCAAGUGACGGUAGUAGCACUUUUCUGCCCGGUUACACCAUUGGAAAUCGAGAAUCUCAUAAUACUCCACGUUGCUCUAUUCCAGGAGGCGAGAAAGACCCUUUUGUUGUCUCAGGGCGACGAUCCAGAGACUGGUUGUCGAGCGAGCAAGAAUCCUCACCUGGGACUGAUCAGUACAGUCAUCACCUCACUAUAGGUCCUCAUGGAGGAAUCGAGUGGGUCAGGCGACUCGGAUUGGAGAACUCUGGAGGGAGAAAAUCAAGUGAUUCGGAAAUUAGUGCUACACCUGGAGGUGGGAGCCCUGGACCCAUUGCUGAGGACAUCUCGCUGCAUCGCUCCACUGACUGUAUCGUUUCCAAAGAACUUGCCUCAUCAUCAGACAGCGAUUUGUUACGAUCUGCUCCCCCUUGGUCCCUCGCCAAUCGCAACCAAAAGUUCCGAUUCUCACCGGAAAAAGAGACAGCGAAAAUUCGGGAGAGACCAGAGAGACAAAUAAUCCAGCAAAUACCCCAGUUCCAACAUCAUCGAGUAGCUCGUGAAUCCCGAGAGCUCCGAGAGCCUCGAGAGCCUCAAGCUGAAUCUCGUGAUCGUCGUUCAUUCGGUCAGGCAGAGGCUGGUGGUCUCUCCGAUUCAAGUCGCACCCUCUCCAGCCAAGAGGAGGACAAACCGACGAAGGAGGAACGCGAGGCCAAGAAGACACGCGUCAAGCAGAGCUUGAUGAAACGAGCAAGAUCUGUUGCUAUAUUUUCCCUCAAAUUGAAAGAGCGCAGAGCACGAGAGGCUGAGGUCAAGGCUAAGGAGGCAGAACGUGAGGCACGAUGGCAACAGCCACAAUCCUGCGUUGGUGGUGAACUCUCAUGCAUUCCCAUCGAACAAUUGAUAUCUGUCGAUGAUAUUGCCGCCAUGGAAGGACGCAGGAUGAAUCACUAGUGAAAAAAAAUCAUGCACACGUGUUUCCAAGUACAACAAAUUUAUUUCUCUCGCUAUAUAGAAUAAUGUGGAAGGUGAACAAUGUAAUAAUGAUUUUAGUAGCCAAGUUUUCAGAGGAGAAACGUCGCGCAGAAUUAUAGUUUAGGUUUAGGUAGAGAAAUUAUUCAAAAAUUUUCUUUCAGCCCGACAAAAAUUUCCAAUGAACAUCUCAGUGGUCUCCUCUCAUUCUUUCGCUUCGACGAUUUUUUGUGAGACAAUUUGCAGAUUAAUUUCUAGAAAAAGGGGCAAAAUAUCUGGGUGUUCGUUGAAUUGAGAAUGCAGAGAUUUUUUUUUUCGUGUAAAUUUGAUGAGUAAUGAGCGCAGGAUAAUCGGUACGAAAUUAUUGGACAUCUGCCCUUAUCACUUCCCCACUAAUUUAUCUUGCAGCGAUGGAAUUGGACGGAACUUUAUCAUUAUACGACGCACAAUGAAACGAGACAUCGAGACGAUAGCCCAUUGCUUGGAUAAUUCAUGAGGAAUUGAAAAACACAUGCCUUCACAUCCAUCCACAAGUAAACCAAAGAAAUGAGAUAUUCAUGUAGAAAAUGCUGAUCAUUUUGUCUAUCUUUUCCCAACAGAGUCAUUAUAUCACCUCACCCAGGUCAAUUUGAGAUUGAAUGGGCUAAUAAGUAUUUUAAGAAAAUGGGAAAAAGACGAAAAGCCACUGUAAACGUUGAUGACUCUUAGUAACUAGAAGCUAGAUUAUGCUAAUUAGGUUUGAAACGUCCAGAGGAUGAGGAUUUUUGUAAAGGUAGCACUGGAGAGAAAUGUUGCUACCGACCUGCAAAAUUAUUAUUAAUGAAUAUAAGAGAAAAUUGAUUCAAAACAGAAGAGCAUUUCUGUAUCGAAACAACGAGAGAAGAUGAGCCUGAAAUAUUCUCCUGGAUUAUCCUGUAAAUAUAUUUUGAAAUUGAGACAUCAGAGAAGGUAAAAAGGAUCUUUUUUAUAAAUCUUAAAUAUUUGUGUAAAAAAAAUUCGUCCCGUGUUAUCCUCUGAGGGAGAUAUAUUUCAAGAUGUAUUUUCCAUAAUCUGUCAAAUUUUUCGACUCAUCUUCUCCCAUUAUUUCUCUAUAGAUAUGAUUGUUGUUAUUGUUGUUAAUGCUGAUGUAUAAGUUGUUACUCGCUGUUAAAUAGAAGCCAAAAUUUUUAGAUAAAUGAGAAGAAAAAAACACCACGAAGACACCUGGUAGAGUAAUAACAUGAACUCCAAUGAUUGUUUAUUUGAUUAAAGAGAAUUAAUCGUUCUGUAAAUAUUUUCAGAGUUUAACGAAAUCCUUGAGUGAAAAAAUUCUUUUGUAAAAAUCACGUGCCGUAGAGAUAAUUAGACUUGGCCUAACGUUCAUUGUGGAAAUAUGACUAGACAACGUUCGGCCAAAUAAAAAUGCUUACGUGUCUGUUUUACUCUGAUAGGUUUCUUCCAACACUGUAAAUUGAAAAUUUUCCUUCGAGAAUAAUGCAAAAAAAAAAAAUCCAAAAAAAGAAACGUUUGACGAUGGAAUUAUGGUAAUUUCAUUGAGAUAAGGCACGCCGAAAGAUUGUGUAUGUAAACGUUUUGUAUGAACCACUGGGAGGGAGAAUAGAUAGAAUAUAGAGAAAAUUCUCUAAUUGGUGUAAUUGAA